GAAAAAAGAAAAGUCACGAAUAAAGAGGUGGGUUUAAGAGAAGGCAAUCCGAUGGGCCGCCGCAACCCCUAUAUAAAGGGGCAGCCGAAGCGCCGAACACCACAAGAAAAAAAGAAGAGAGUCAGAAGAGGAUAAUUCACACUUCUUCUUCAUCUCACUUGCACACACUUCACCAGUUCUGGAGUGAGAGAGAUUUGCACACACAUUCACCAUUCCAGAGAGGGAGAGUAAGAGUGAGAGACCCCUCUGGCGAUUCCCGCUUCUUUAGAUCCCUUUCUGCGAUUCAUCUGUUUCGUUUUCUGAUUCUUCUGUGGUUUGUUUCUGUUUAUAUAUACAAUUAUCGUCGUGAAGAUGAUGGAGGAAAAGCCAAGGGUUUGAAGAAAAAACAGAUGUUUUCAGAACGAGAUCUCAUAUUCUCUGUAUUCUUUUCCGCAUUCAUUUCUUCAGUACAGUUUUUCUGUUUUUGAGGGCUUUAUUUGUUGUUCCCUCGCACUCAUUGGCUGCGUUUUUUUAGCUUUCAGCCAUUACCGGUUCUCAAAGGGUUGUCUAUUUGUAUACCCUCUCUUAAUCCCCCCACCAAAAAACAAUACAAAAAAACAAAUGAAAAAUUCAUUUUCUGUUAAUCUUUUUGUGCAUAUUUUUGUUAAUUUGAUUUGUUAAAUCACCAUCCCUGUUCUUUAAUUUUACUAAGAAACAGGCCCUUUUGCUUUCUUCUUUUUUUUUGUUUUCUGAAACUGAAUUUUUAAUUUGAAGAGAAUAUUGAUUAUUUGUCGGAGAAUGGGAACUAGUACAGAUUUUUGGAGUAGCGGAACACCAUUUGUGGAUAGCUUCAAUGGUGGUGAGUUGAUGGAAGCACUUGAACCUUUUAUGAAAAGUGCUUCUUCCCCACCUCUUUCUUCUUCUUACACUCAUCCCUCUCCCUUCCCUCUUUCUUCUGAUGCUUAUUCCUCUACUUUCACCACCUCCUCUUCUUCUUCUUCUUUGCUCCAUGACCAGUAUUUAGACCCUUCUUCUUGCUCAUCCAGUUCCUACCCCUACAAUUCUUACUAUUCCUCUUCCCAGUUUGAGCUCAAUAAUGUGUACCAGGCCUCUACCCAUAAUUAUUCAUUUGGGUUUGGCGAGAAUGUGGAGUACCCUGUUGGGCUCAACCAGUUUUCAACUGUCCAGAUCCAGGAUGUUCAGGUCCAGACGGGCUCGGGCUCAUUCCAUGUACAAUAUCCGCUUCAGGCAACGGGAACUACUGCUCAGUUUCUCGGUCCUAGGCCCGUUUCCAUGAAGCAAGUGGGAGCGCCUCCGAAGCCCGCCAAGUUGUACAGGGGAGUCCGGCAGCGCCACUGGGGAAAAUGGGUGGCGGAGAUUCGGCUGCCCAAGAACCGCACCCGUCUCUGGCUGGGCACCUUCGACACGGCGGAGGAGGCGGCGCUGGCCUACGACAAGGCAGCGUACCAGCUGAGGGGAGAUUCCGCCCGACUGAACUUCCCCCACCUCCGCCACAAUGGGUCUCACAUCGGCGGCGAGUUCGGGGAGUACCAGCCGCUCCAUGCCAGCGUGGACGCCAAGCUGCAAAAGCUUGAAGCCGAGAGUGACGGGUCGGGUGAGCUGUCACCCGAUUCGGAGCAGAUGUUCCGGGAGUUGGGGGAGGAGCAGCCCGGAUGGGAGAUGGGGUCGUUGGAGAAAUACCCGUCGUAUGAGAUUGAUUGGGCUGCUCUAUAAUUUACAGAAAGUUGCAGCCCUUUCUUGCAAAAUAGACAGAUUUUGGAUAUAUGUGAUUAAAGUGCAGCUGCAAAGAAGUUUUUGGCAUUUGCAGGGCACACAGAGUCUUUCAAAUUUAUUUAUUAUUAUAAUUAUUCUUUUGGAAAUUGUAAUUUUAGAUUAAUUAGGAUUAGUUGUUGGGGUUAAUGUGUAAAAGUGGUUUAGCUGGUUUUUCACAGAGCUGAGCCAUAAUCGAGAAAUGCUGUAAUUUUAUUGCUGGUUUUAUGUCUUAAUUGUUAAUGUAAUUUAGUAUUUGCUGUC